AUCGUUAUCUACUAUAUUUAUAUGAGAAGUUUCCGGCCAAUUGAACAUCGUGCAAAAUGCCUAAUUCAGAGAUAUUAGUGGACACCAAAACUACAUUUGCUAUCUUAUCAAAUGCUAUAAAAGACUCACUAAAAAUUGAACAUGAGAUUUUGCAACUUAUUUCUCAAUUACCAAUAAUUACUAGUAAUUAUCUCCCAAGAGAUCUCAGUUUGUCUGCACAGAAAGAUGAUGAGAGUGGAAGCUCCGAAGAAGAUUUUAUUUUCAAAAAGAUAGCAAAGUGGGCUAUUGAACAACUAAAAUAUCACUUGGAUAAUGUUGACAACAACAUACAGCAUGAAAAAUACAAAGGACAGAUUAUGAAAGUUUGCCAGUUUGUUGAGAUUUUAAACUUUUUGGGAGGUUGUGACUAUGCCAAGGAAAAGUUUUCUAAUGUGUUGUCGAAGAAAUGUGAUGUUAUUUUACAAAAUAACAUGGAGUAUAUACAAGAAGUAUCAAAGAAUAUUCUGCAAGUAGAGGAAAAUUUUACACACCUUGUGGCCGACACUAAACAUCUUGCAUUGAAUUCAGUUUUAACACUAUUUCUAUGUGAAGGUAUACAUUUAAACUGUAAUGAACAGUUUAAUUUGAUAUCAGAUCCAAUUCUCGAAAAACUAAGUGUGGAACUUUUGACGCUAGUAGAUUCAUUAAAGGACUCCAUUUUCAAACAACUGUCUGUGCCUACGAUAAGAUCAUCUAUCGGGAGCUCUUCUCAUAUUAAUCUAUUCACAGCAUUAGCCGAAACUAUUGGCGAAGACACUUGUUUCAACAGACAAGAAUUAGUGUCUCUGGCAAACAUUGUUAAUGCUUUUCUCAACUUGGAGACAACUUUACGAAGAUCAGAAUAUACUAUAUUGUGGAAAUCCAAGUCAAAAGAUGAGGGAAUGAGAAGAAGUGCAUUGAAACAACGUUCUCAACUUCCAGAUUUGCUACGCUCUAGUCAAGAGUCGAGUUGGGUUCGUUCAUCGCAAAUUUAUGGAAAUUGGAAUUGGCAGGAAAUACUGAAAGAGAUAGGUCCAGUGAUCAUAAAGAGCAUCACAAAAGUUUUUGAUGAAUGUCAGACGAAUGAGAUCAAUUCUUCAAGAAAUGUUUAUCAUGCUAAUGACUCCUGCAACAUUACCACUGUACCAUCGAUUUCCUCAACUGUCUUGUCUGGGCCAGAUGUUCCUCGUGAGGUUAUAGCAUGUUUUGGAGAAAUCUUGAAACUGAUGAAAACACUUUUACCAUAUGCCAUUCUUGGUAGUCAGUACAGGCCUCUUUCAGGCUUUUGCACUUGCUAUAUUGACGAAUGCUCACAAUCAUUAAAAAGUAUGAAAUCCUUUCUUAUGAUGUUACUGAAUGAUGUCCCAAGUAAAGCACCAAUGAAUACUUUAUACUAUGUUCUUGCAACAUGUGACGAUGUUUGCUCAAUGUUGACAUUUUAUGCAAGUAAGAUGGAACCUGAUCCCAGAAUACCAUUUCAAGGAAUAUUAAAAGUAUACAAAGACCUAAGCAAUACCAUCAAAAAUAUUAUAACACAAUGCCUAAAAGAACAAUUGUCUAUGUACAUUUUGCAUGAUGCUGAUGGUAACCAUUGGUCUGAUGUGAAGGAGUUUGGUGAAGGGACAGGCUGUUCACAUUCUGUAGCAAUGUGGAAUCUUUUUCUACAUCAAUUGUGGUCUGAUUUUGGAUCUUGUAUGUCUGACAUGCAAAGAAAUGAUAUGUUUACGGAUGUGUUCACUAGCUCUCUUUCUAUUUUGCAAUCUCGUUAUUCGAGGUGCAAACUAUCAUAUAACAGAGCAAAGCAGCUGGUUUUUGAUAUUACUGCAAUUUUACACACAUGCAAGACAUUUUUCUUUCAUAUCAAUUUUUUUAUGACUUCAAAUUUCUUGAGGAAUGUUCCAGUAUAUUCUAUUGAUGCUACUUCUAUAUCUUCAAAAUUACGGACCAGCUGUGAUAUGCUCAUUUCAAUUUUGUACUUACUUUCUUGUCCCUUGGAGGUAAUUGAAAAGAGUAUAGCUCAUUCAGAGUCUAUGACUAUAGACAACACUGCUAAUUGGUUAUGUCUUAUGUUUCCUGAGAUAUUUCACGAAGGCUGGAAUGGAUGUUUUUCUGAUAUGACAAAUAAUGCUGCCGUAAAGUUCGUCCUAAAAAUGGAUGUUCAUCCCUCUCAAUCCUCGAUACUUUGUCUUUUUGGUAUUGUCAUGAGAGACUAUUUUGUAAUAGAUCAACUAUUUACUCAAAAACUGGAUUUCUCACAUGUGAAUGACUAUGGAAUGUGUGACUUUGAAGCGGAUAUUUUUUCAAUUUUUACAUCUUGUUCAUCCAGUUUUCAUGAUGCUUUCUUCCACAUUGUCUUCAUAUCAGUACAAAGGGAUGUCACAAAGCUCACUAAAUUGUCAUUGCCAGGCAUCGGCGAACAGUAUACUGCUGAAUUUUUAUGGCAACGUAUAUUGCAUUCCACAUUGUCAGAUAUCUUGUGUCAAUCUAUGAGAAGACUAGGAACAUACGUCAGUAGUUUAACAUGGUCAUUCCUUGGUUGUGAGCUUAUAUCUUCCCUCCCAGCGAGCAUGAAAGAUCAAAUUUUUAGCAUAAAGAAUUCAAAGGUUGAUGAUAAAAAUAGUUGUGAACUUGUAUGCAUUAUUAUACUGGUCCAAGGCAUCGAACAAGCAAUGUAUGAAUUCCCAGAAUGGUUGGUAACAUUCCUCAUUCAUUUUAAGGAAGCAGUUAUAAGUGGUACUAAAGGCGAUAUUUUUGUGUUAGGAAAUGGUAUCUUACACAUGCUACUUCAUUCUACGUGCCAUGUGUUGAGGUCGCCAGCACUUUGGGAAAAACACCAUGGAAUUGAAUUGCUAGAAGAAGGUGUGGAAUGGAUGGAAAGAAUAUCGGAUCGAUUGUUACACUUUUGUGAAGAGAAUCAUCAAUUGCCUUCGGAUAAUUUUCUGUAUAAAACCACACUACAACAUAUUAAUAAUCUCCACACGAAGAUAAACAUCCAUUUCAGCAGGAGAAGGGUGUCUGAUCUUCAUCAAGAACAUCUAUUUAUGAAAUGUGAACGAAUGCUGGGAAACAUGGAAAUCCAGGAUACAGCUGCCCUCAAAAGUGUGCAUCGAAUUAAACUUGUUAUUCAUAAAAAUUAUGGACUUUUGUUUGGUGAAUGUUCAAAUCAAAGAGGACAAAAAACUGAAGACGAUAAUUUACUUAACAAAUGGGAAAGAUUAUGUGCACAGAAUUCUGAACAUGACGUGUCUGACAUAGAUAAUUGGAGUAAAAUAUGCAAAGGUAUAGUUUCUGGUCUAGAUCGCGGUACAUUAGACUUGUUGCUAUCCCAUCGAUGGGAGAUGAAGCAAGGUGCGUUUAUGGACGAAAAACAUGCUCAAAUUGUUAAAAGAAUAAAACUUUGUUUGUCCAGGCCAUAAUAUAUGAUUUUUUAUUACGGUACAUCAGUUGCAUACACAAUUGGCGCUAGUGCGCUGCCGCUGGGGUUAAUCAGCCAGUUAUUUGUUUCAGAUACAUGGACUUGAAGGUGAAGGAAGCCGUAACCGACCAGCAGUUACUGAGAAGUCCAGCAAUCCUCCCGCACACAAUUUUAUUGUUACCCAGAAAAUGAAAUACAUUCAAAAACUUCUAAAAGAGGAAAUAAACCCAGUGUGAAAAUUUAUUGAGAUUGAAGUGCCAGACAAAUAUCGUCUUCAAGUAACGCUUGAAGGAAGAUCGAGCUCAAAUUCAUAUGUUAUAAAAUGUUAUUACCUUUAACAUCCGUACAAAAAGUAUUUAAAAACAGGUAUUCCCGUAACAAAAAAUGCUUCUUUGAUUGGAAAAUGUCAAAAUUUGAUCAACCUAUUUGGUACAACAAAAGUAUUUUUUAUGCCAGAAAACAAUUUUUUCAUAGAGUCUUGGUAUGAUCGUGGACGUGGUCGUGGUAUAAAAGAAGUACGACACUUGGCAAAUGUGGGUACUUUGUUAAGUAUAGAGAGUUGACUGAAAAAUAUGGCAUGCAAUAUUGUAAUGAAGAAUGUGUAAAUUAACAUCCUCUCACUGGAGUUUUACCUGAUGAAUGGUCAUGUAAUAUUGGAAACUGUGUUUAUUUUAGUGCAUUAUGCGACCCUGAAAAAAAUGUAUUUCAUCUUAUUUCCGAAACAUUCGAAUCAGGAAAAGUUAGUAUUCAUGAAAAUUGAACGUGAUAAAAUAUAUACCCUGAUACAAAAAUAGGUAGACCUUAUUUUUGUUAUAUGGAUAUUUUUUAUUGUACUAUUGAAAUUAAGUUGCGAUCUUUUUAUAUGAAGAUGUGCCACUAAACGAUAGAUUAUAUAAAUUCAAACUUGUUUUAUCAGAGUUAUGUGAUUUCUAUAAAUUUAAUGUUGAAACUAGUAGUCACCUUUUUAUGAUUGUAUAGUUAUGAACCAGUUUUGGGAAUCUUUUACAUAUGGAUAUAUUCAAUAACAGAAGUUAAUUCAACUUUCUCUAAGGAGAUUGUAUAUGGGGAUAUGCUAAUAUUUUUUAUAAUAAAUUUUUAUAAAUAAAUGUAUAUAAAUCCUCUAUGAUAAUC